AGCAUAUUCUUGCGCAUGCCCAUAUUCACAAUAUCGAAAGAAAAACUGGUAAGCUACUCUGAGCCGUUGCAGUAGGACUUAUGCGGGGAAAUCUCUAAUCAUCUGGCUUUUAUACAACGUUUAACUUAUGUAAUUUAAUUUACUUUGUUUCGGUAUACAUUGGUUAAAUUCAGGGCUACGACAUUUGCCAACACAAGGCAACGGGGAAGGAACAAAGUGCUUAUUUUUCUGAAACCCGGAAUCGCUACUGUCGUUCGACCGAGCUACGGUUAGCUAGCAUUAGCAGCCCGGACAGGGGCCCAAGUCAGCGACAUUCCCAGAAAACGAGGUAUUUAGGAUUUUCUGAUCUAGAAUUUUAUAAACAUUCAGCGAGAUGGCUUGUGGAGCUACACUGAAAAGAACUCUGGAGUUCGAUCCGCUCAUGAGCCCGGCUUCCCCUAAAAGGAGGAGGUGCGCCCCCAUCAUGUCUCCGGUCUCUUCACCACAGAAGUAUCUACGUAUGGAGCCCUCGCCUUUCGGUGAAGUGUCGACAAGACUCACCACAGAACAAAUUUUACACAACAUCAAACAGGAGUACAAGAGGCUGCAGAAACGACGACACUUGGACAGUGCUUUCCAGCAGGCAGAUGGCUGCUGUCCUGCGGACCUGCAGAACAUUCACAGUGGAUCUGUCCUGACAGGUAUGUCCUCAGGUGCCUCAUCACCCACCAGGAAAGAGCAGCCUUUAUUUUCUCUCAGACAGGUUGGGAUGAUCUGUGAAAGACUACUGAAAGAGCGAGAAGACAAAAUCCGUGAAGAAUAUGAGGAGAUACUGACAACAAAGCUUGCAGAACAAUAUGAUGCAUUCGUCAAGUUCACACAUGAUCAGCUGAUGCGAAGGUUUGGAGAGCAGCCUGCUAGCUAUGUAUCCUGAGUGUCAGGGAAUACCAUUUACGGAUAAUUACUCCCGGGACUAAAUCAGUCAUGUUGGACUGUUCUUAGCUGUGCCAUAUCUCCUCUAUGUGGACUUGCUGCCUCAGGCAUCAGUUAGUGGCAUCCACAUUUGCUGUGUUUACCAGAGUGAGGAGCUCUUCCUGCCUCCGACAUGUUCCUGGGCUCUGUGACUUUUCCAGUGGCCUCUUCACUGCCGUGUCAAUGUUUAUUGGACUUUGUUCUGAUGCCUUUGUAAAAGGUGAACUGUGACCACACACUUGACCUUUUGCCUUUAUUUGAUUUUAUUGUCAGAUUUGGCUAUUUCAACGAGAGGAUGUUAGUUGUGCAGCAUUUCUAUUGGUACAUUUUGAAGAAGGGGACUGGAUGUUGAUGAGCAGACAAAUGGAGGCCGCCUUCAGACUGGAUUCCAGGAACAAGCUUAUUGGCUUUUAAAGCAUUGUUUUUGACUAUUGGCCAUCACUGCUAUAAAUUUGUAUACACUGUAUUUUUUUAUUUUUUUGCUUAACUUUUGUUCAUUGUUCCAGAAUUUCAUGAUUUUAUUUGCUGUAUGUAUAAAGGGGCUUUGAUUUAAGAAAAAUGAAGUGUGAAUAAAGUGUU